GCUGUGAGAGGCUGUUAUUUAGGUCUGUUACAGCAGACAGGGAGCAGCUCACCCAAGGGCAGGGGGAGAGUAGAGAGUCAGAGUCACACUCAGCUCAGCCAGGCAGGAACCAGAUCUGCAUUCCAGCUGAGAGGGAAAGAGGGAAACUCCAGCAUCGGCAGGAAAGGGCAGCAGAGAGAGUGACAGCAGGAGAUAAGUGAAGGGAGGGAAGGGAAGGCAGCAGAUCCUGCUUGCUGUUGCUGCUGUUUGUUGUUGUCACUGCUUCAGCGAGUGACGUGAGCAGUGGUAGCAGGGCAGGACGCAGGCAGGACUGAGGGCUCGUAGUGAUUUUUUUCUGAGGGCGGAGGGGUGCCAUGUUCGACUGUAUGGAGGCGUUGGGAAUGGGCCCCCGUCAGCUCUAUGAUGUCACCAGCCGCGGUGCAUGUAUGCUGCGGAAGGCAAGCCCCUUCUUUGCAGGGUUGGACCCCUUUGCUUGGACGGGCAGUGCCAGUGUUCAGUCGGUGGAGACCCAGAGCACCAGCUCUGAGGAGAUGGUACCCAGUUCUCCGUCUCCACCUCCCCCACCUCGUGUCUACAAGCCCUGCUUUGUGUGCCAGGACAAGUCCUCAGGGUACCACUACGGGGUCAGCUCCUGUGAGGGCUGCAAGGGUUUCUUCCGCCGCAGUAUCCAGAAGAACAUGGUGUACACCUGCCACCGAGACAAGAACUGUCAGAUUAACAAGGUCACACGCAACCGCUGCCAGUACUGCAGGCUGCAGAAGUGCUUUGAGGUCGGCAUGUCCAAGGAAGCGGUGCGUAACGACAGAAACAAGAAGAAGAAGGAUGUGAAGGAGGAGGUAGUGCUUCCUGAGAGCUAUGAGCUAAGUGGAGAGCUAGAGGAGUUGGUCAAUAAAGUCAGCAAAGCUCACCAAGAAACCUUCCCAUCACUUUGCCAGUUGGGCAAAUACACCACCAACUCUAGCUCAGACCACCGCGUCCAGCUGGAUCUGGGUCUAUGGGACAAGUUCAGUGAGCUCUCCACCAAAUGCAUCAUCAAGAUUGUGGAAUUCGCCAAGCGGCUGCCAGGUUUCACCACCCUCACCAUCGCGGACCAGAUCACUCUACUUAAGUCGGCCUGCCUGGACAUACUGAUGCUGAGGAUCUGUACACGCUAUACCCCAGAACAGGACACUAUGACCUUCUCAGAUGGCCUGACUCUGAACCGGACUCAGAUGCACAACGCCGGCUUCGGACCACUCACAGACCUGGUGUUUGCCUUCGCUGGCCAACUUCUACCCCUGGAGAUGGACGACACAGAAACCGGGCUCCUCAGUGCCAUCUGCCUCAUCUGUGGAGAUCGCAUGGAUCUAGAAGAACCCCAGAAAGUGGAUAAGCUGCAGGAGCCUCUACUUGAGGCUCUGAAGAUCUAUGCACGCCGCCGCCGCCCCAACAAGCCCCACAUGUUCCCCCGCAUGCUGAUGAAGAUAACUGACCUCAGGGGCAUUAGCACCAAGGGUGCGGAGAGAGCCAUCACUCUGAAGAUGGAGAUCCCUGGGCCCAUGCCUCCUUUGAUCAGGGAGAUGCUUGAGAAUCCAGAAGCUUUCGAAGACCAAACAGAGUGCAACGAGAGCCCGCCGCCUCCGCCACCGCCGCCACCUCCACCGCCAGCCCUGGUCCUGAAGCAGGAGGCUGAGGAUGAGGACGACAGCUGGGCCACAGAGAACGGCAGCGAGCCGUCACCGGAGGAGGAGGACGAGGAUGACGAUGACGACGUGGGAGACGAAGAGCGAGACAGGGGCUCGGACAGUGAUGGGGAGUCCUGGGGGGUUCUGGAUGCCAUAGAUGGGUCGAGGAAAGGCCUUGUUGGAAGGGCGCAGUGAAAAGAGCAUUUCAUACAUGCAUACACUAAUGCAGAUCCAGGUUCAUACACACACAAACACACACACACACACACACACACACACACACACACACACACAAACAGUAUAGACAUACAGUGCAACCUCACUCACUCUCCCACCUUGAGAAAAUGCUGGCCUCUCCUUCCCCCCUUCUCUCUCUUUACUGCACAUCAUUGUGUUCUCCUCAGCGGAGCACAGCGCAGAGCCUUAUGUGUACAGAGACUUCUAACUCAGGCCAAAUGGUCCAUGACAAGCGAACUACAGAAAAAUAAAGUAAAGGAGAGAUGACAGUAAAUCAUAUGGACUCCUGGUAUAGCCAAGAGGGCAGUUAAUGUGACAAAAAGAACAUAACCUCUUUGAGAAAACUAAAUGUCUCUUUUUUUCCACUAUUGCUGUUUAUAUCUAAAUAGGGGAAUGGCCAAACCAGACACCAGAACUGAGCAGCUGAUUCCGAUGGAUUACAACAAGCACAUUUCUCAAAAGAAAACAAGAGUACAGGGCAAAACCAAAUGGAGUAUGCUAAUCUUUUGUUUUUUGUGGUUAUGCUUUUGAAUAUUGUUUUCAGUUUUUCUUUUUUUCAAUUUAUGAAUAAGUCCAUACAUAUCUAUAUACCAUUAUAUUUUUGUCUUUAUUUGUUAUUCUGGUUUUAUAUAUGAAUCCUUUAGACAAGUAUUUUCUUUGAAGAGCUUUCCUGAGAAGAUAUUCAGAGGGAAAGAAGGGUAAUCAGAACUGGCUGGGUCUUCCUUAUCAGCUACAUAUGCUUGGCUGGGGCUUUUUUGGGCACUUUGGCUCAAUGUGGAUUUCAAUGAUAAUCAACGCAGAGGACUAUUGUUAUGUUGCAGUGACUUAAUCAGUUUCUGUUAUCAGGGAAUUGGCAUUAUUCUAUUUUGCUCUCGUUGCAGCCAACAUAUGCUGUCAAUGCGGAAAGUUAAGUAUCUUUGUGCCAAAGUUAGGAAAAGUCACCUUUGGAGCAUGAGUUUGACUACUGGCAGGGACUCCAGCCAUGAUCCAGCGAUCCUCACAACAGAGCGCUCACUCACACAUGCACUAAUACAAACACACCCUUGAUCUAAUGCACAGCAUAUACACACAGAAGCAUAUAACGCACACAUACACACUCCUUUCACUCUACCCUAAGCUGUAGCAGAUGUGCCGACCUGGCAUCGAGUGCCCGGACAGAGAUUUACACUUGACUGUAUAUGUAGCACUUUUGUGAUCCUCUAUUCAAGUAAGGCACAUCUCAUCUGCUGAGAGUAGAGUUACCGUCUGUGAGCCUAGAUCUCCGUUAGCAUGUCCAAGAUGAGGACAACAUCAACAUAUUAAAUACAAUCAACCCUAGAGCACUCCCCGAUGAUGUCAGUAGCGAAGUACACAUAUGCACACUUUCAGCACGGACAAAAAACAUCCACACAUAGUAGCAACGUUAUGCAUCAACACAAUGAUCAAAGAAAUAUGCAAGUCAAAAGCAGGAAUCCUUAUGGAAGACAUUUUGGAAUCAGACUCAGGGCUUUUCAGUAAGGACCAAACCCUAGCUGCUUUCAGGCAUGCUAGACACAGGCAAUAUUUAUGUGUGUAUUCUUGACUCUGUUUUGAUCAGCUCAACCCCUCUGCAUGUACAUAGAAGGUGACAAAUCUGAAAAUACAGCAUGGAUGCCAGUCGGACUCUCCCAGAGGGGAGGGGCAAGUCAUCAUCAUCAUUAUCAUCAUCAUCAUCGUUGUCAUCGUUGUCAUCAUCGUCAUUAUCGUCAUCACUGCCCCGCCUGUGCUUGUGCUGGCAUCCGUGCAGCAAACUGCCUUCACAUCCCAAAAGCCAUCGUAUCAUCUUGUCUUCUCGUGUAUAUUCUCACUGCUCUUUAAAGGAGCUGUGGAGGAUUAUUUGUUCUCCUGUAUCAUUUCUUUAUUGCCAAAAUGUCUCAGUAGGCGAUCAGCUGGGAGAGUUCAGCUGAUAUACAGUAUAGAGGGUUUUUUUUUUUUCUUUUUCUUGGUCUUCCUUUGAAGCAAUAUGAACGUUCUCUCUGUAGCGGUGAGAGGUCCCAUCUUCUGAAUAUGGGCAGGUCUCCUCAUUUAGAGGUGUGUGUGUGUGUGUGUGCGUGCGUGCGUGCGUGCGUGUGUGAGAAUGAUGUAACAUGUUUUCAGUCAUUGGGUGAAUGUCAUCGGUUUGGUGCUAUCACACAAAAACUCUUGUGUGAUGACCUCAUCCUUAAUCUCUGCCAGGCUAUCAUGAUGUUAGUGAUGGUAAUGCAGGCAGAAUAUUGAGAUUAUGUUGUUUGUUUUUGUUUUUCAACAUGGCCAAGGUGUUGUCUACCCUCUGUUUAUGUCAACUCUUGUCAUACAAAGAAAAGCCAUAUAAACAGUAAGAGGCACAAUAAACUACU